CUUCAAAAAACCGCUGCGCGUUCGCGUUCGCGCGGAUCGCUCGCCAGAUGGCGGCGCCGGUCGGCCGCUAUAUUGAUCAAGUUGGAUUUCGUGAGACGCACGUUGAUAAGAUCUCGCGAAAAUUUUUCGAUCGCACGCCAAUCUCCUCCCGCCCGCGUGACGUGCGUGAGACGUGCCCGCGUGCGGGCGUGUGUAUGCGUGUGCGUGUCCCCGUGCGUGCGUGCGUGCGUGCAGGCUCGCGUGUGCGUGUGUACGUCAGCAUCUCCGACUCUUUUGACAAUUCUGACAUCCGUCGCUCUCGGUAUAAUCCGUUCGCGGCGGAGCACGGCGGAGCGGAGUGGAGCGGAAUUCGGGCCCGAGCCGAGAGCCGAGAGCCGAGCGCGCGCGUCUCCCCCGGCAGUCGGCGGCGUCGCGUAAAUCCUCCUCCCUCGCCCAUGACGUCACUCGCGAAUUACACAAGCGUCAUCGCUCAGUCUGUUGUGGAAAAUUUCGCGGGGUCCAUGGUGGCAGCGGCAAGGCACGUCGCCCUUUGAGUGAGACCGGCGUACGGCGUACGGCUCCUCGUCGGCAACGCGGCGACGACGACGACGACGACGACGAUUGAGUGCAUCGCGAGCAGAAUCCAAGUUUACGAGAGACUCUUCCUAUACCGUCACGAUGUCUAUGCAACAGUUUUGUCUGCGGUGGAACAAUCAUCAACCGAAUUUUAUCUCGGUUUUUUCCAAUUUGCUGAAUAACGAGACUCUAGUGGACGUCACUCUCGCCGCCGAAGGCAGGCAAAUUCAGGCACACAAAGUCGUUCUGUCAGCAUGCAGCACGUACUUUCAGUCGCUGUUCACGGUGAAUCCUUGUCAGCAUCCUAUUGUCAUACUCAAGGAUAUCAAGUUUUCCGACCUCAAGAUUAUGGUGGAUUUUAUGUAUUAUGGAGAAGUAAACAUAUCUCAAGAGCAAUUGCCAUCCAUCAUAAAGACGGCAGAGAGCUUAAAGAUAAAGGGACUCGCGGAAAUGCAUACGGCGUCGUUAACAAAAUGGCCAAGCGGAAGUAGCGAAACAGGCGGAGGAGACCGUGGUGAAUCUUGCUCGCCAAGUCCAUCUCCAUUGUCUCCCUCGUUUCGCAGAAAAAGGUUAAGGAAGUCUUCGACUGGCUCGACAUCCGGUUCCGGUGACAAACCAGAGGAAAUUAAUGAAAUCACAUUAGUGGCUACUAACAUUGUCAAACCUGAACCCCUCAUUGUGUCGCAAGAAAGCGGGGAGAACUUGAGGCGACCAGUAAACACCAGCACAGAAUCUCAAGGCAGUAUUGAUGAAGAUCAGAUAUCAAUUAUGAGUAAUAUGGAAACUAGUUCCGCUAAUACGCCAGCUCAAAGUGACGGUUCUAUCCAAGAUGUAAGUCAACAAUCGGGAGGAAACAUUGGACAAAGUUCUGUUUCUUCGCAACCACCUGUUCAUCAAGGAUUACAAUGGACUAUUAUGGAGCACACAUAUCAUCCGACACGUUUCGCUCUGUCCUCGUGUCAAACGAAUCUGUCGAUCCAAGCGUCGUCGGCAUUUACGACGCCCGAAAUAACAGCAUCCUCGACCAUCAGCGAUCAGUACUCUGGUACCAGCACGACUGGUUCCAGUUGCGCCCUGACGAACUAUCCGAACUCCUCCCACGGGACGUUGCAGCACGCGUCGUCGGGUGGCCCCUCGCCAUCGACGCAGUGCCCCAGUAACUGCCAGAGCCCCUGCGCCAGCCCGCAGACUGCGAUUAAGAGGAAGCGCUCGACUAAUCCGCAGGCGGACGAGAACUUUAUACGCGCGCUCGACGCCGUGCGCUACGGUGGUAUAGGGUUUUGCAAGGCGGCCAGGAUGUUCGGCGUGAACAACCGAACGCUCUGGCUCGAGUAUAAGAAGCGCGGCUACCCGAACAAUCGGCCCAGCCUCAAAUCUCGCGUUAAGCAGGAGGUCAAUUCCUCGCCGCCGCCGGCACCCCCGGCGCAGCCCAUGAACUCGCAGAGUCCAACGCCUAUGGGCCCGCCCACGACUCCGCACAGCACACAUAACACACAUAGCACGCACACCAUGCUGACCAGCCACAGUCCCCACACAAUGCUGAGUGGUUACAUUGACAGGCAUACGGACUAUACUAAAAUCUACUUAUUUAUUAUUAUAGUUCUUCAUUGCAAGCAGUCGCACAUAACGAAAAGGACUCGGCUGCUGAUCAGACAGCCGCGAGUGAAGAAGGAGCCGAGUCACCUGUCGCCGGACGGCGAAACGGGCUCCUUUUCGCCGCACAUUGUCUCGACCUCCGUUCACCUCGCCACGCCGACGCUGAAUCUUCCCCAAACGUCGAGGAGCUUCGAAGAGUCCCGUAUAUCGCCACCGCCGCACACCAUGCUGGUCAGCCAGCAGUCGAAUCUGCUGGCGGUGACAACGCCGUCCAACUUGCUGGCGGUGCCCCAGCCGUCCUACCUGACGAAGCAGCACUCGCAUCCACUGCUGUCCAGCCAGCAACCGAGCACGUCCGGAACGUACUGGAUACACCGGCAGCACUCGCAUCCGGAGCUGCCCGGCAGGACCACGAGUCCAUCGAUAGUGAUCGAGCCGGCGCCCGUCCUUAAAACGGAGGAAGAGGGAAGCGAGGAGACCUCGACUCCGGCUGCAUCGGCUACCACCGAGCACCUGGGGACCAGCGGCGGCAGCGGCGGCACUUCCGGCGGACUGAGGGUCAAGACGACGGAGUUACGGCGAGCUUCCUCAUCACCGCAGACGAGCAGUAGCAGAGAGCCUCGCGAGGGCAUGGGGGAUCAACGAUUAGGUCACUGUCCGGUGUUACGCCAAGGCCCUGCCUUAGGCUGCAAUCACUGCUGGAACACGAUAGACGCCCACGGCAGGAUACUUCGUAGGAAGACCAAGUAUCAUUGUCCCGAAUGCCAGAUCAAUUUGUGCAUCGUGCCCUGCUUUCAGGAGUACCACGAGCAGCGGCGCGAGCUGAUUUCCAAACUGAAGCCCUUACCAAAAACUAGCUCUGUUUAAUCUCCCCUCUGCUCCUCCCCGAUGUAAUUCUGUUUUAAGUAAUCGUUUAAGUAAUCGUUACUUAUCGGAUUACGUGUUAAAGCACGCGCUUUAAAUGUGUGAAGGUUUAACGUGAUGAUGACGGAGUAACGAGCCCGUCGUUAGCGUGUGACAUUAUUUUUCUCUUGUACGACGAUGUGUAUGAGUCAUCAGAUUGAUAUCGUUUACCAAGACUUUCAUGACUUGAUAUAUUUUCGUAAUACAUUUAUAGUGUCUAUAUAAUUGUUGAAGUAGGCGAAAUCAUUGCAAUCUCGCAGUUUGAUGAUACGAAUAUUUAUAAUUGUGUGUAUUGAGAGUUUUCUCCUUUUCUCUUAGUCUUUCAAUAAUUUUCACAUUUUCACGUAGCCACAUUUUCUGAGUUAAGUAGUUCUGAGUUUACGUUUAUCAAGGAACUUUUAGUUCUAAUCAAAAGUAAAGACUUUACUUUAAAAUUAGCAUAGAAAAAAAGUUUAUUUUAACGUAGAUAUGGAGAAAUUAAUAUAUUAUUUUUUCACGCAGUUUUAUAAAAUUCAUGACAAAAGUGAUGUAUCGAGAUUGGAUGUAAGACUACCUGUUACUCUGGAAAAUAUGUAAAUAAUUAUUGCAAUGCUCGGCACUUUAUUAUUAUCGUUAUUAUUUAUGUUUAGCACAUAUUAUA